AUGGCUAUUGAACUUGCUCUUAUUGCUACAAAGUUACAAAAUGUAUCUACUUCGGACCACGCCUCCAUAGUUUCCAUGAACUUGUUUGUGGCACUUCUAUGUGCUUGUAUUGUUCUUGGCCAUCUUCUCGAGGAGAAUCGGUGGAUGAAUGAGUCCAUCACUGCCCUUUUGAUCGGAAUUUGCACUGGUGUAUUCAUUUUGCUGCUAAGUGGUGGAAAAAGCUCGCAUAUUCUUGUUUUCAGUGAAGAUCUUUUCUUUAUAUACCUUCUGCCGCCUAUAAUAUUCAAUGCUGGGUUUCAGGUGAAAAAGAAACAGUUUUUUGUCAACUUCAUGACUAUCACGUCGUUUGGUGCUAUUGGCACACUAAUAUCUUGCUGCGUCAUAACUUUGGGUGCUACGCAAGCUUUUAAGAGGAUGGAUAUUGGGCCACUGGAAUUGGGCGAUUACCUAGCUAUUGGAGCAAUAUUUGCCGCGACAGAUUCUGUUUGCACGUUGCAGGUGCUAAAUCAAGACGAGACACCUUUGUUGUAUAGUCUUGUAUUUGGGGAAGGUGUUGUGAAUGAUGCUACCUCAGUGGUGCUUUUCAAUGCAAUCCAAAGCUUUGAUCUCAACCAACUUAACCCUUCAAUUGCAUUGCACUUCUUGGGCAACUUCUUCUAUUUGUUUAUAGCAAGCACUCUCCUCGGUGUUUUGACAGGUCUGCUCAGUGCUUACGUUAUUAAAAAGCUCUACAUUGGCAGGCACUCUACGGAUCGUGAGGUUGCUCUUAUGAUGCUAAUGGCAUACCUCUCCUAUAUGCUGGCUGAGUUAUUCUAUCUGAGUGGCAUUCUCACCGUCUUCUUUUGUGGUAUUGUCAUGUCGCAUUAUACCUGGCAUAAUGUGACUGAGAGUUCAAGAGUCACCACCAAGCAUUCUUUUGCUACACUGUCGUUUGUUGCUGAGAUCUUUAUCUUCCUUUAUGUCGGUAUGGAUGCCCUGGACAUUGAAAAAUGGAAGUUUGUUAGUGAUAGUCCCGGAACAUCUAUAGCAACAAGUUCAGUAUUGUUGGGUUUAGUACUCCUUGGAAGAGCAGCUUUUGUUUUCCCCUUAUCCUACUUAUCCAACUUGACUAAAAAAUCACAGUAUCAAAAGAUCUCCUUCAGACAGCAAGUGAUCAUUUGGUGGGCUGGUCUUAUGAGAGGUGCCGUUUCAAUGGCACUCGCUUACAAUCAGUUCACUAUGUCGGGGCAUACUCAGCUCCGCAGCAAUGCAAUCAUGAUCACCAGCACGAUCACGGUCGUCCUUUUCAGCACAGUGGUGUUCGGUUUACUGACGAAGCCACUCAUAAGGCUUCUACUACCUCAUUCUAAAGUCACAACCAGCAUGACAACCACAGAAACAUCUACUCCAAAAUCAUUCAUUGUCCCACUUCUAGGAAACUCCCGAGAUUCCGAAGCUGAUCUCGAAGGCCAUGAAAUUCACCGUCCAAACAGCCUUCGUGCCUUACUAGCCACUCCAACUCACACCGUUCAUCGACUAUGGCGAAAGUUUGAUGAUUCGUUCAUGCGUCCCGUUUUCGGUGGCAGAGGUUUUGUUCCUGUAGAACCCGGCUCACCUAGUGAACGCAACGGUAACAGUCAUUGGUAA